AUGCCAGUCGCGUGUGGUAGCAAUUGUGGCCGAAAUGCGUUUAUGCGAAGGCCGAAAACAGGAGAUGUGCUAUGCAAGGAAUGUUUCUUUGUCGCGUUUGAAACGGAAAUACACAACACAAUUCAACAAGAAGAGUUGUUUCGGCCCGGUGAAAAAGUGGCCAUCGCUGCCAGCGGCGGAAAGGACAGUACUGUACUCGCGCACGUGAUGAACGUUUUGAACAAGCGGUACAACUACGGAUUGAAUCUCGUGCUACUAUCCAUCGACGAAGGCAUCACCGGGUACCGGGACGACAGUUUAAAAACGGUGGCACAGAAUCGAGAUGACUACGGCAUGCAUCUGCGGGUGCUAUCAUACCAGGAGUUGUACGGAUGGACAAUGGAUCGAAUUGUAGCAGAAAUAGGCCGCAGUAACAACUGCACAUUCUGUGGUGUAUUUCGACGGCAGGCAUUAGAUCGGGGAGCUCGGUUAAUGGAAGUGGACUGUGUAGCCACUGGACAUAACGCCGACGAUAUUGCGGAGACCGUGAUAAUGAACAUACUACGCGGUGACACGGCACGAUUGCGACGCUGUUGCGACAUCAAAACUGGAUCAAAAGAGGCGGAUACUAUUCCUCGCGUGAAACCGCUCAAGUACAGCUACGAAAAGGAGAUUGUGAUGUACGCACACUUCAAGAAGCUUGUGUAUUUCUCCACCGAAUGUGUCUUUGCACCCAACGCGUAUCGCGGCCAUGCACGAGCUUUUCUAAAAGAUUUAGAAAAAGUACGGCCAUCAGCCAUUAUGGACAUAAUUCAUGCCGGCGAGCAACUACAGAUAAAGGGCACGGUAAAGAAGCCAGUGCGCGGAGUUUGUGGCCGGUGUGGAUUCGUAUCCUCACAGCAGCCUUGCAAAGCCUGCGUGCUGCUAGAAGGUUUGAAUCGUGGGCUACCAAAGCUAGGUAUUGGUAAAAAAUCGAAAGGCAAACGAAUGGUGGAGCUACAGGAGCAACAGUUGCGCGAAAAAGCACAUCUAGUGAAAAACGACUUUUGA